AUGUCACUUAUUUAAUUUAGGCGCCAAACCCAAAUAGAACCAAAACACCGUGCAAACCGAAAGUUGUGGUCAUCGGGCUUUCGAAUUUUUUCCUCUUUUGAAAGAUAUAUUUCUUUUUUUUUUCUUAAAAAAUCGGAUAGUUAAUUAAAGCCGUCAUGGGAAUUUUAAAUUUAACAAAACUGCUUGCUGAUAUCGCCCCGCAGUGCAUCAAAGAAACAGAUAUAAAGAGUUACUUUGGACGAAAAGUCGCUAUUGAUGCCUCUAUGUCCCUUUACCAGUUCCUCAUAGCUGUCAGAGCAGAAGGGGCACAACUAACAACAGAGGAUGGUGAGACAACCUCUCACUUAGUUGGAACUUUUUACCGCACAAUCAGACUACUGGAACACGGCAUUAAACCUGUAUACGUCUUUGACGGUAAGCCACCAGAGUUAAAAGGUGGCGAAUUGAAUAAGAGAAUGGAAAGGAGAGCUGAAGCUCAAAAGUCCUUAGAUAAAGCCAUGGAGGCAGGGGACCAAACAGAAAUUGACAAGUUUAAUAAGAGGUUAGUCAAAGUUACAAGGCAACAUGCAGAUGAAGCAAAGGAUCUGUUAAAGUUAAUGGGAGUCCCAUAUAUUGAGGCUCCUUGUGAAGCUGAAGCCCAGUGUGCUGCCAUGGUAAAAGCAGGAAAAAUCUUUGCAACAGCAACAGAGGAUAUGGAUUCCUUAACUUUUGGUUCCGAUGUAGUUUUGCGCCACUUGACCUUUAGCGAAGCUAGAAAAAUGCCUAUUCAAGAAAUACACCUUAAGACUGUCUUACAGGAACUAAAUCUUUCGCAAAAAGAAUUUAUAGAUCUGUGUAUAUUAAUGGGAUGCGAUUACACAGACUCCAUUAGAGGCAUCGGUCCCAAAAAGUCAAUAGAGUUAAUAACUAAACACAGAAGUAUAGAAAAGAUCCUAGAGAAUGUUGAUAAGGAGAAGUAUCCCCCUCCAGAGAACUGGAAUUUUCAAGGAGCCAGAGAUUUGUUUGAGAAUCCUGAUGUGACAGAUCCUGAGACCAUAGAGUUAAAAUGGGGAGAACCUGAUGAGGAAGGCAUGAUCAAGUUCCUGUGCGGUUUCAGGCGCUUCAGUGAAGAAAGAGUGAGAAAUGGUAUAAAAAAGCUUCAAAAAGCACGAGGUACUAGUACGCAGGCUCGUCUAGACGGUUUCUUCACAGUGCUAGGCACUACGCCUGCCAAACGUAAAAUCGAAGAUAAAAAGGGAAAAAACACGCCGAAUAAACGUGGAAAAACUAGUGGAGGUGGAGGUCGAGGGCGUGGAAGAGCUAAAUAACUGAAAAUAAGUGUUGUGUGUAUAUUAUUAAGUUUCAAGAAUGAAUAACUAUUGAUGGCUAAUAUUUAAGAUUAUUUUUUUUUAGGAAAUGUUCAUGAAAAAAAAUUAGUCCGUAAUUUGUCCUAAUAUUUUUUUUAAACAGUGAAUAUUGCAAGUACGAUUAUUUUUAUUAUUAAAAAAAUUGAUUUUAAAAAUUAAAA